AUGGAGGAAGUCAACGACCCUUUCAACCUCACAUCCCGACGACGCGAAGACGUAACAAAAGAACAAAUCAAGAACGAUUACCCACAAGGCGAUGCACGCUUGCUUCGGAAGUUCUAUACCCGACAAAAUAAGCUUAUAGACCAGUUUCUUGGCGUCGAUGAUGAAGAGAGGGCCCAAGCUGAAGAAGAGGCUCGAGUGGCAGGCAAGAUCAAGUUUGCAGUUAAUGCAUCCUUUGUAGUCAACUUUUGCCUUUUCGUCAUUCAGUUGUAUGCGGCUAUCUCAACGGGAUCAUUAGCGCUAUUCGCUACAGCAGCAGAUGCGUUUAUGGACCUUGUUUCUUCUUUCGUGAUGCUCAUUACCUCUUGGCUGGCGGCUCGACCAAGCAUCUACAAAUAUCCUGUUUCGCAAUUCGCAAUCACUGAUGGUGUUCUAGUCUUCAGCAAGGCAUCUCUCAUGCUGUACUGCAUGACUUACCGAAAGUAUCCAUCAGUUCAUGUGUUCUUUAUUGACCACCGUAACGACAUUGCUGUCAACAGCUUUGGCCUCAUCAUGUCGGUCGUAGGUGACAAGUUCAUCUGGUAUCUGGACCCUAUCGGUGCUAUCUGCAUCGCACUUCUGAUCCUUUUCUCAUGGAUCUCUAAUGCUUUUGAACAAAUAUGGCUACUAGUCGGCAAGGCCGCGCCCCAAGAGUUUAUUGCCAAGUUGAUCUACAUGAGUAUAACGCAUGAUGACCAGAUCUCUAUGGUCGAGACAGUAGAUAUCGUCAUGGAUGAGCAAACAUCUCUCAAGAUCAGCCAUGAUGUUGCUCAGUCACUGCAGCGAAAGAUUGAAGGGAGAUUCUACAUACGGGCAUUUGUUCACGUCGAUUAUGAGUGUGAGCACAGCAUCCAUGAAGAGCACAAGCCGCUUUAUGAUAGGAAGUUGUAA